AGGCGCCAGUACAGGAAGCUAAACAAAGAUCAGAAGCAGCAUCUAAUAAUUGAUCCUUAAUCCGGGACUGGUUCCGGUUCUGAUGGAUUAAACAUGAAACCCAGCCGCUAGAAUUCGGGUCGGAUUUCGCGGGUUCUCGUGGUUCUGAUCCGGUACUGAACUCGGCACCAACCCUCUGACCGCCGCUAUGAGCUCCCGGGUGUGUCGGACCUGCGGGGGGUCCGACAUCGACGUGGACCAGGCCCGGGGCAGCGCAGUGUGUACAAACUGCGGCGCGGUUCUGGAGGACAACAUCAUCGUAUCGGAGGUCCAGUUCGUGGAGGGAAGUGGAGGCGUGUCGUCCGCAGUGGGACAGUUCGUCUCUGCUGACGGUCCGGUUAAAGCUCCUCUCCUCGGUUCUGGUUUCCACACCGGUGUCGGAAAAGAGUCCAGAGCCCAGACGCUGCAGAACGGUAAGCGUCAGAUCCAGCAGCUCGGCAGCCAGCUGCAGCUCAACCAGCACUGUCUGGACACGGCCUUCAACUUCUUCAAGCUGGUGGUCAGCAAACACCUGACCCGAGGACGCAGGACCGAGCACGUCAUCGCCGCCUGCCUCUACCUGGUGUGCCGCACCGAGGGCACGCCUCACAUGCUGCUGGACCUGAGCGACCUGCUUCAGGUGAACGUCUACAUCCUGGGAAGGACCUUCCUGCUGCUCGCCCGGGAGCUGUGCAUCAACGCGCCCGCCAUCGACCCCUGCUUGUACAUCCCUCGCUUUGCCCACAUGUUAGAGUUCGGAGGCAAGAACCACGAGGUUUCCAUGACGGCUCUUCGUCUGCUCCAGAGGAUGAAGAGGGACUGGAUGCACACCGGUCGCCGACCGUCUGGGCUCUGUGGAGCAGCUCUGCUGGUCGCAGCCCGGAUGCACAAGUUCCGUCGUUCAGUGAAGGACGUGAUCAGCGUGGUGAAGGUCUGCCAGACGACUCUGAGGAAGAGGUUAACAGAAUUUGAGGACACGCCCACCAGUCAGCUGACCGUGGAUGAGUUCAUGAAGGUGGAUCUGGAGCAGGAAUGUGAUCCUCCGUCCUUCACAGCUGGACAGCACAAGGUCAAGAUGCAGCAGCUGGAGCAGGAGCUGGCCAAGAAGCUGGACGAGGUGGAAGGAGAGAUCAGCUGCUACACGGAGGAGAUAGAGACCGAGCUGGAAAAGAGCCGACCCAAACUGAGGGGAAUCUACGCCGCCUACACCAAAGAAAUCGAUCCGGAGGAUGAAGCCGUCCUGUCCUCUACCUCUGACCUGGAAGAGAAGGAAGGAGAUGAUGCGGACCUCCAAGCGGCUACGCAGCACCUGACGCAGGACUUCCUGUCUCAGGUGAUCCAGGAGGAGGGGCCGGGCAAGAGGACACCCGACGGUGUUUACAACCAGGAAGCAGCACCAGAAAAGGAGGAAGUGGACGAACGUCCCCAGGCCAUUCCUCUGUCCUCCAUCCUGGGAAAACUGCCGAGCCCCGCCAGCCUGGGCCUCCAGGAGACCUUUCAGACCUUCCAUAAGUCAGAACCACCAGAGAAUCCAGAUGAGGAGCCGGCCCAGACUGGAGAGCUGGAUCUGGAAGGUAUCGACGACCAGGAGAUUGAAAAGUACAUCCUGAACGAUAAGGAGGUGGAGGUGAAGACGGAGCUGUGGAUCAAGCAGAACGCAGACUACCUGAAGGAGCAGAAAGAGAAGGAGGAGAGGAUAAAGAAGGAGAAGGAACAGGGCACCUACAAGGAGAAGAAGAGGCGGCAGAGGAAGCGUGAACAGAUCGAAGCGGCGACAGCGGGCGAGGCCAUCGAGAGGAUGUUGGAGAAGAAGAGGAUCUCCACCAAGAUCAACUAUGAUGUCCUCAGAGACCUGAACCAGAGCUCAGGGAGUCUCAGCACGCCGCCCUCCGAGCCCACAGAGGGCGCCGCCACGCGUAAACGGCUGAGCCGGCGCCGCAGGAAGACCAGGGACGUCAACGCAGAGCUGUCGGCCAACGCCACCAUGAUGACGAAGAAGUUCCGUCGCCUCAUUUCCUCCUCACCGAGGAAGAGGAAGGACGCCCCUCAGGAGGAGCCCGCUGCCGCCAUGGAAACGGACUCAGAGGCGGUGCCUGAAGCUCCUCCUGAAGACGCCCCAGACGCCGGGCCCGCCCCUGCUGAUGCUCCGCCCCUUUUGGACACGGAGGAGGAAGAGGAGGCGGAGGAAGAGUGUGUCAGUGCGCUGCAGCUGGUUGGAGAUUACGGCUGUGAGGAAGAGGAGGUCUUCUAGCUCCGCCCACUGAUUAAGCUCCGCCCACCGGUUAUUAAGCCCCGCCCAGGCAGCCGGGCACCUGCAGAUCGAGAAGAUAAUCCAUGAUGGAAGCACCGGAGCAGUUCAGACUCUUUAUCGAUCUCUGAUCAACGGACCGGUUUCAGCUCGUUUUAUCAGAACCGUCCAUUUAGAGACGACUUUGGACCGACCAGAACCAGAAAACCGAGGCAGUGUGUGUGACUGUGUGUGUGUGUCGUCGUUAAUGAACUCGUUGUGUGACGUGUACCAAUCAGAAUCAUGAUCCAGAACAUUCCACCACAAUAAACGGACUCUGAAAGUCCAAUCGG